GGGGAUCCCGGCCGCAAGGCCUUGUGGGGCCUGUAGUCCUCGCGGCGCGCCGGCGGGCGUGCAGGGCAGAGCCCCGGACUACAGCUCCCGGCGGCUCGUGCGGCCCGCCCCGCCCACUCGCCCAGCGCCGAGACCUGGGAGCUCCAUGGCGGCGCCCCCGACCUCCACCGAUGCCCCCCGCAAACCUCCGGCGCCCCCGAUGGCGGGAGACGGGACCGACCGGCCGGUGGCGAAGAGCGAGGCCGCCGGCGAGGACCGCAGCAAUGCUGAGGCCUUGGACCGGCUGCUCCCGCCUGUGGGCACCGGGCGCUCGCCCCGGAAGCGCACCACCAGCCAGUGCAAGUCGGAGCCGCCGCUGCUGCGCACCAGCAAGCGUACCAUCUACACGGCCGGGCGGCCACCCUGGUACAACGAGCACGGCGCCCAGUCCAAGGAGGCCUUCGCCAUCGGCCUGGGUGGCGGCAGCGCCUCCGGGAAGACCACCGUGGCCAGGAUGAUCAUUGAGGCCCUGGACGUGCCCUGGGUGGUCCUGCUGUCCAUGGACUCCUUCUACAAGGUGCUCACCCGGCAGCAGCAGGAGCAGGCCGCCCGCAACAACUACAACUUCGACCACCCCGACGCCUUCGACUUCGACCUCAUCGUGUCCACCCUGCAGAAGCUGAAGCAGGGCAAGAGCGUCCAAGUGCCCGUGUACGACUUCACCACCCACAGCCGCAAGAAAGACUGGAAGACACUCUACGGGGCCAACGUCAUCAUCUUCGAGGGCAUCAUGGCCUUCGCGGACAAGGCACUGCUGGAGCUCCUGGACAUGAAGAUCUUCGUGGACACGGACUCUGACAUCCGCCUGGUGCGGCGGCUGCGCCGGGACAUCAGCGAGCGCGGCCGUGACAUCGUGGGCGUCAUCAAGCAGUACAACAAGUUCGUCAAGCCGGCCUUCGACCAGUACAUCCAGCCCACCAUGCGCCUGGCCGACAUCGUGGUGCCCCGAGGGAGCGGGAACGCGGUGGCCAUCGACCUGAUCGUCCAGCACGUGCACAGCCAGCUGGAAGAGAGGAAGCUGCGCUGGGAUAUGGCCGCGCUGGCCUCCGCGCACCAGUGCCACCCGCUGCCGCAGACGCUGAGUGUCCUCAAGAGCACGCCGCAGGUGCGGGGCAUGCACACCAUCAUCAGGGACAAGGAGACCAGCCGGGAUGAGUUCAUCUUCUACUCCAAGAGGCUGAUGCGGCUGCUCAUCGAGCACGCGCUGUCCUUCCUGCCCUUCCAGGACUGCGUGGUGCAGACCCCGCAGGGGCAGGACUAUGCGGGCAAGUGCUAUGCGGGGAAGCAGAUCACGGGAGUGUCCAUCCUGCGGGCGGGUGAGACCAUGGAGCCGGCGCUGCGGGCCGUGUGCAAGGACGUGCGCAUCGGCACCAUCCUCAUCCAGACCAACCAGCUCACGGGGGAGCCGGAGCUCCACUACCUGCGGCUGCCCAAGGACAUCAGCGACGACCACGUGAUCCUCAUGGACUGCACCGUGUCCACGGGCGCCGCGGCCAUGAUGGCAGUGCGCGUGCUCCUGGACCACGACGUGCCCGAGGACAAGAUCUUCCUGCUGUCGCUGCUCAUGGCGGAGAUGGGCGUGCACUCGGUGGCCUACGCGUUCCCGCGCGUGAGGAUCAUCACCACGGCGGUGGACAAGCGCGUGAACGACCUGUUCCGCAUCAUCCCGGGCAUCGGGAACUUCGGCGACCGCUACUUCGGGACGGAUGCUGUCCCCGACGGCAGCGACGAGGAGGAAGCGGCGUCCGUGGGCUAGCCCGCCGCCCAGCCCUUCCCACCCGUGUGCCCACCCUCCUGCCUCCUGGCCCACGCUUACAGAGGACAGACGUUCUAAUUUAACGGUGUCUCUGGCAUACCCUAUUCUACGCGUCUUAUAAAAUAAAGUUCUAGGGAA